GUACUUCUAGCCAGUCAGAAAUAUAUUUCUACCUGUCUGAACCUCAGACUGGAAUGAACUGCUUUGAAAAAAACCCAACAACUGCUAUAUGAGGAAACGACUGGAGAAAGUAUUCCCUCUUAUACUUUAUAUUGCUUCUGUGAAAAAGGGAUUUUGGAAGACUUUCUAGGCCACGUCUCUUGAGGUAUGUUUUUCAGAAGAAGCAUGGCUUGCUGUGUGUUACAAAUAGCUGCUCUCAUAUUUGGAGGUAUUGGCAUGGUUGGAACUUUGGCAACCACAGUUAUGCCACAGUGGAGAGUUUCUGCUCACAUUGGCAGCAACAUCAUAGUAUUUGAGAACAUCUGGGAAGGACUGUGGAUGAACUGCAUCAGUCAUAUGGGCAUCAAGUUGCAGUGCAAGUUCUAUGGCUCCAUCCUAGCUCUCCCCCCUCUCUUGGAGGCAUUCAGAGCCCUCAUGUGCAUUGCAGUGAUCCUGUCAAUCAUUUCAUUUUUGAUGGCUAUUGUUGGUAUGAAGUACACUCACAGGACCAACGAAGAUCCCCAGAGCAUCAGUAUCUUCAUACUGGCAGCUGGAAUUGCCUUUCUCCUGACAGGCAUCCUUGUUCUGAUCCCUGUCUCCUGGACUGGAGGCAUCAUCAUUCGCGACUUCUAUGAUCCGAAAGUCCCUACAACCCUGAAACGAGAACUAGGAGCUGCUCUCUACGUGGGCUGGGUGAGCACUGCUUUUCUCAUCGCUGCAGGAGCAAUGUACUGUAGCUUCUGGUGCUGCGGUGAUAGAUCCUCAAAAUGCAGAUACCCAUCACUUUCCCGUCACAGAUUGCGUAAACCUGACUUGGCAGGAGUGUCGUCCCAAAGUGUGCAGGCCUAUGUGUAAUUGCUAUGGGUGAACUUUCUGCUUAGCAUGUUGAUAUGUACUGAUUUGCUUCAGUGUCUAAUUAAACUCCGAGUCUGUAAUGGAGGGAACAAUUUUGUUAAUUUGCUAUUUUCUAUUGACAUACAUAGCUGCUUUCAAGCAUACUUAGAGGAAAAGUUAUUACAUGUACAUUAAGUUGGAGCACAGUCAGAAGAAAAAUCUCACCAUUUUAUGGGAAUGAAGAAUGGCAGGGGAACAGCAGUGGCCAUGGCUCUCUCGGGGAAGACACGCAGCAUACGGUUGGGCUGGAAGGAAGGUGACUGCUCUGCAAUAGCACCAUUGCCUUCCCCUAAAGCCAUGACGUGCAAAGGGAGCAGUGCAUUUCACUCUUAGGUAAAGUUUCCAUAAGGACCAUCUUAGGACAGUGGUGAGAAGUGUGGAGUUGACAACAUGGCUGAAGCAGCUGCUGAAUGAACGGAGAAGCUGUCAGCAAUCUAGCUUCCAAUAUUGGCAAACAAAUGUUCAUACUCUCCUAUCAGAGGCCUUUGUGAUUGACAAUGGACUUCACUGGUGCUUGUGGAGUUGAUGUUCUUUGAAUAAUACAACUUUUAAUCACAUUGCCAGACUUUGCCAUGAAUGUAUUAGCUUUCUGUUGCUUGCUACCUCUUGUCUUUUAUGACUUCUCCUGCUCUAUAGGUAGCAUCUGCUUUUUUUUUUUUUAUAAAAUCCAGGACAAACCACCUGUCUUUAUGCACUGUAAAGCACCAUGCCAAUGUAAAGUAUAAUUAAACAAACCAGGCAAUGUAUAAUAAAUGUGUAAUCCCCAUUUCCCUGUUGGAGGAUGAAGAGCUCCUGCCUACAUCUCCUAUCACACCCACAAAAGCCAAGCCCUGACGUUGUUCUGAAUGACUUGUGUUAGCAAGACUUAUUUGAAAAUGUAGACUGAUCAGCCUGAUGCCUGUCUGUCCAUUGUGCAGAAUUCAACAGUAUUUUCAGUUUUUUUCUUUUUUCCACAACUGAAAACUUGGAACCUGCUUUUGACAGUGUGCGUGUCACAAUGUUGUUAAGUGACCAACGAAGAUUGAAAACUGUUUUUCUGCUUCUUUACACUGUAGUAAUGGAUAGUACCGUUUAAUUAAUAAUUUCACGACAGAGGUACUCAGUUUGAUCUUUUUCUGUGUCUGUGACUGGCAUCUGAAAAAAGAGUGCAAUGACUUUUUGAGUUGAGCAGAGUAAUGCCUCUGUAUAUUCAUUUGACUAUUCAGGUUGAAGCAGAACAUUUAAUUAAACAAGCCUUUUAUUAACUCGACUUCAGAUGAACCUAAAUGAAACAGUGCUGUUGAACACAGAUAUUCAUUACAUAUAUUAGGUAAUGUGCAUUUGCAUUUAAGACAACCAGUUCAGAUCUUUUAGUGGGAAUUUUCUAGUCACGAGAAAACAGGUUUAAUGUAUCCUGCUCAUCACUUGAGCAGUCAAAUCAGCUCUUAUGAGUUCCAAAUGAGCCUUUAAGAGAACAUUUGUAAGUAGGUUUUCUGGUAGUAAACCAAAUAUUUUUGUGUUGUCUUACAGCUGCUGAUGCUUGUCACAGCAGCUGUCAUUGGGUCAGACAGCUCAUUUCAGAGGAGUAAUUCUGUUGACUUUGGUAAUAAUUUAUACUACCCUGAAGACUUCCACCUCUUAUUUUAUUGUAUUUAUGUCCUAUAACACAUAUUUUGUUUAAUAAAUAUUUGGUGAGUAAGCCAGAAUUACACUUUUUUGAUUCAUUUAGAUAUGACAUUUGUGAUUAACACAGCAAAGGAUGAAGACAUACACGAUUCAAAUUUGAUACAUAUUUAUAUAUAGGCAAUGGAUUUAAAUGAUGAAGUAUGCAAUGUAAUGCAACUUUAUGCAGAUACGAGUGCUUAAGAAGUAAUUAAGUGCAGUUUUCUAUAACAUUAAUUAAAGAAUUGUGAGUGCUUUCACUAUCAGUGGAUUCAUUUAGAAAUCAAAUCUGAACUGGGUGUGCCAUUUGCAGUAGUAACUUUCUUUUCAAAGUGUUGAAAGAUAAAACUGCUUUAUUUGAGCAUUUAACAUUAAUUUCAAAGAACACCUAAGCUUUUUAUAUCUAACAUUAACACCUGAUGACUGCAUAUUCCUCCAUUUCUCUCUUUUACCAGCUGAUCAAAAGAUGAGCUCAAACAAAAUCUCAAAGCUCAGACAACCUUGUACUUGCAUAUGGGCCUGACUUUGAUUCCAAGCAUAUAGCUAGGCUGGGCCGCUGUUUGGAUGUCUGGGUGUUUGUUGACACAAACGGCAAUUUCUAGUGGUGUGAUUUAGCACUUUAGACUCAUCCAAAUAUGUUUAAGAGUCUGUGACACUAAAAUUUUGGAACUUGAUGCAGGAGGAAAUUUCUCAUAAGAAGCUAAUUUGCCAGAGACAUAACACAGUGGCAAACCUUCUCCCUUUGGACAGAACAGGAAUUCCUUUAUUGUAGAUUCUGGGUGGGGAAAUCCCAUAAAGAUGUUUACUAGGUGUUUUACCAUUGAAUGCAUUUGACUGAGUAAGCUACAUGCAUUUGUGUCUGCUAAGGAAAACAGAGUUUUUUCUUCUUCCUUUUCUCCUAUUCCAAACCUGUGAUGCUCAGAACUGACUAGCUGGAAGCUGCAGUUUGGAGGUCUGAGUAAGAAAAGGAAGUUUUAAGAGCUUUAAUAAAGAAACUAUGGUUGAGAUUUGAAAACAAACUACUGCUGUUCAUGAGUUUUGUGAGGGUAACAGGAAGAUCUCAGCUUGAGGGGAGCUAUGGAGCUGGCACAGUUCUCUAACACCCAUAUUCUACCCUCCAUAUGGUGCUCCAGGAGAGCUCCUGCCCCUUCUGGGUCAGAUCCAGCCACACCUGGUUUGAGGUAACCCUGAGGGUCUAAGGUUGGAGCUUAUUUAGAUGGCUGAAUGUGUCCUUUCUGAGUGACAUCUGAGAGGAUACUCAGAAAUAUGUGUAAUAAAGUGAAGACAUUUAGGGAAAGGGCCAGCUCUUUGCACACUUCAGUGUACAGGAGGGCUGUAGAAACAGAGCAGUGUUUGCACACUGCAUGAUGGAGGACCAAGAAGCAGUAGGAUGUGAAUAAUGGCUGUUGACUGGACUUUUCUCUCAAAAGAGAAUGCCUGGCAUGCAGGUGUCAUUUGAUGUGGAUGGCCCAGGGUUUACUAAAACAUUAUGUCAGGUCUUUGUGUGCUGGAGCUCUGCUCUCAUUGAGGACUGGAGGCAGUAAACUUGCUUUUUUGAUGUUAUAUUCACAUUCCUCUAGGCAGAACUGUCAGAAACUUCAGGCCUGCUGUAUUUCUUAAUAAUAGCUGAUUAAAAGUUGUGGUUGAAUAUCUAGCUUAAUAUCCUGAUGCCAUAUUAAAGUAAAUGUUUUGUGAUUGCAGGACAAAACAACUUUGCAAAGAAAUGUAAAUAGCUGAGUUUUGCUAUGCAUUUGAAAUAAAUGUAUGAACCUUUGAGAGGCUUUUUUUAAACCAUUGUAUCGUUGUUUCUUUUUUAUAUAAAAGUGAAUUAAUGUAUUUUGCCAUUUCCAGGGAAAGACAGCUUCAGUAUUUUUAUAACGUCCUUUUCUGAUUCGGUCUUUGUUUUUAGGUUAUACUUUGAGAUUUGCUAGAUAAUAAAGUGCAUCUGAUUCCUUGGGAAAUAAAAUACACAAAACUGA